CAUGACCACCAAUCAUAAUUCUUGAAAUGUACACGAGACGCCACAAAACGUCCCUUUUGUCGAAUACCAACAGCCACCAUUUUGGGAGUCACCACUACCUCCAUGCAUUUUUGUGACCUUAUUAUGGUACACACAUGCGUGGUGACUGGCUGUCGGAAUAGAAGAAUACCAGGGACCUCGUUGUCUUUUUACCGUUUCCCGCGCGAUCCCGAUAGAAAGCAGCGUUGGAUAUCUGCUGUGAACCGCCAGGGCUGGCUGCCAAACGACGGGAGCAGGCUGUGUAGUAUCCACUUCAUCUCAGGUAAACAGGUGAAGAAUCCACGCUCGCCAGACUAUGUUCCCUCUGUAUUUACAUCAGCUCCCCUACCCCCAGAAUCAGAGAUGAGGGAGGAGACUGGUUCCUUUGAUAUCUCAGACAAGCAGGAAGCCCAAGUGGAGGCUGCCAAUGCCUUGCUGUUCCUGCAGGGCCAGGGCAGGACCCUGGUUGACCUAAGACAGACCCAGGAGGACCAUGACGUGGCCCAUAGUGCAUCCUCAUCCUCUAUUAGUGACAAUGGUGAGGAAUCUGAACCAGUGUCUAGUGACCACAAAGCCAGGGGAGGGAAGGCCACCAGAAGGCCCACUGCCGAACCUAGUAACUGUGAAGACAUGCUUAAGGCCUUGAAAAAGGAGAACCGGGCUCUCCGGGAGUCUGUGGAGAAAAUGGCGCUCUCAGAGACCUCACUCCGGAAUGACCCGGAGAAGGUCAAAUUUUACACUGGCUUGCCCAACUUCUUUGUAUUUGAGACAGUGAUGUGGCUCCUUGCGCCACACAUGAAUGGGUCCAGGAACACGGUGAAGCUCUCCAAGUUCCAGCAGCUUCUACUGACACUGAUGCGUCUCCGGCUGGACCUGAGGAACCAGGACUUGGCUUACCGCUUUGGCGUUAAGGUUGGCACGGUGACAAGGACAGUGCUGAAGAUGGUUAAUGUCAUGUCCACCACACUGGUACCAACGGCUGUCUUCUGGCCCUCCAGGGCUGAGCUCCGCAAGAACCUGCCGGCAGCUCUCCGCUCGACCUACCCAGACUGUGCUGUGAUCAUAGACUACUUCAGUGUGACCCUGGAGAAACCUGGGUCAGAGGGAAAUCUGUUGUGUGGUGCCUCAGCGGGAAGCAACACUCUAAAGUACCUGAUCGGCAUGGCUCCGCAGGGCGUGGUAACCUUUGUGUCCAAAGGUUCACCGGGAAGCGUGAGUGACAAGAGCCUGGCAGAGAGUUGUGGCUUCCUGAGCAAGCUCCUCCCAGGAGACAUUGUUCUGGCCGACAAGGACUUGGAUAUCGGUGAGUCGGUGGCGAUCCGCGGUGCCCAGUUGAAUAUCACAGGUUGCCAAAGCAGAGAGGGGUCCGAAGGGAGCAGAGUUGUCCCACUGACAGACAUUUCCACAGAGAGGCUAAACGUACGGCGGCACGUGGAAAGGGUCGUCUCUAUGAUAAAGCAGAGGUACUCCAUGCUGACGGGCCCGGUGGAGAGUCCCUUCACAGCCACAGAGCGGUCAUCCAACACUGCCACCUUCGACAAGAUUGUGCAGGUUGCCUGUGCCUUGAACAAUCUGUGCAUAUCUGCUGCUCCCCUGGAGUGAUCGUUCUCGUGCUGUCACUGGGGUGACUUCCACCAGGACUGCCUCCACCGGCGUUGAUGACCCCUUUAAUAACCAAAUUCUCCCAGCUCCGUUCUACAGCUGAAUUUGUUGAUGACCCCUUUAAUAACCAAAUUCUCCCAGCUCCGUUCUACAGCUGAAUUUGUUUGCUGGAAUUAUAUCCAUAUUAUUGUUGUUUUCUUCCCCCUUUCUGGAUGUAGCAGAAUUUGGUUUUGUCAUUUGUUAAGUUCAUCAUAAAUUCUGGAUACUUUUCACAUGACGUUCCUUACAGUUAACUUAUGGUUUUGUGAGUGAAUUUACACUUUUGGACCAUGAGUAGGUUUUCCAGAGACAGUUGGAUUACUCACAACAGUAGGACUGAGUCUCAUUCCCGGAGACUUUGUAGCAUUAAUAUUGUAAGAUGCUUCUAACUAAAAUGUCAUUAGUAGAGUAGCUGUUUCCUUGGACCUUAAUUAGUAACAAUACAAAAGUCUUUGGGUUUUCCAGAUAACUCAUUAGUUAAUUGUUUUCCUUUUUGUACUUUUUUUCACCAAAGGUCCCUGCUUAACAUAGAAUCACUAUGUAUCUAUCUGACAUUGACCACCUAUAACUUAAGAAAAAAGUUGCCAAUACCAAGUUGCCAAAGUAUUUGCAAUUUUUUCUAACAUGUGAUGGCCAAAAUGAAAUUCGGAUGACUGGAUUAAAAGAUGUCUGUGGCUUCAGGUUUGUCUUUGCGCUGAUCUGUAUAGAAUAGGUCUCUCUCUUUCUAAAUACCCUGAUGCCUUUGCGUGUUUGUGGAUCACAUUUUACAUGUGUAUUUUCUUUUCUUUAAACACUUGUUACAUAGGCUAGUGGCUGCUGCUCCCUGAACUUUUCUUUAAACAGCCAUUACAAAGUAUAGUUAAGUAAUAAUGGUUUGUGAGUAUGUAAUGGAGAAAAAGUUUUUUUUAAAUAAUUCUGCUGACCUACCUUUGUUACAUCUAGCUCCACAUCACCUGAAAUCAACUGCCUAUUUGGUUUGAUGUAGAUUAAAGGUAGGCUUGCACAAUUAAUCAAAAUCACAUUGAAUCACAUUGAAAUCACAAUAUUCACAAGUGCAAUAUUCAUAUUGCAAGAGUGUGCACCAUUUUGGAACAUGUCAACCAGAAUUUAUAGCGGUGUAGUUCCUGGUCUUCAUUGUUGAAGUACAAGCAACUAACAAGCCUUGUUCAUGCUGAUUCCGUUAUGUCAUGACAGUUUGGUUUCAUCAAUGAGAUUACCCUAUUUGGUUGCAUGCUAUUCUGUUAGUUCAAAUAAAGUCAACUAAUUGUUCCACAUAAAGCCAUGCUGCUUGGUCUUCCAACAGUUUAUCCAGGUGUUUGGUCAAAAUCUCCUGCAGAAUCACAAUUUAGUUUUUUAACAUAUUGAGCAGCCCUACUUAAAUUUGAUUUGGCAAACGAUCACACAACCUGAUUUUACUGACAUUGAUUUUGAGGCAUUGGUGAUAAAAGUUUACUGAUGUUUGUAAUGGCUGUUAAAAAAAUUAUGAGCCGUGGAUUACAGAUUCUCUUGCACCCCAUUACAUUGAGUUGAAAAUGAAAAUUCUGCUUUGGAGGAUCGUUGCAAUUGGGAAACAAGGCCCAGUAUAUUGAAACAGUAAUGUGGUGUUUAGGUUCAAGUGCCUUAGUUGCGGGUACUACUGUAACAAAAUGGCUGUUUGUUGUUGGUUUUUUAAAGAGAUUUAUUUUUAAAUUACACAAUGCCUCUUCAGUUCAUGGCUGUAUACAAAAAUGUAAAAAGUAAACUCACGCCUUUUGUUGCUCUUUGUCACUUGUUCUAAAGUGGAUUGUGGAUUCUCCAUUAGUGUUUGAUUUGUGUAAUUUCUUAUUUUCAUGUCAUGAGGGGGCAUCUGGGGUUUCAUCUUCUAUUCUCAAUUGAAUGCUUAUGUGGUUGGCCUAUUGCUUGAAGUUAGUAGUUAUUUUGCCCAAAACCUUUUACCAACUUGUGUGUAUUUCACUGUAUUUAUACUUUUGAUAUUUCUUUUCAGCAGUAAAGGUUAGGGGAAAAUUUUCUUUUGUGCAUAUUUAAGUGUUUGACUGGUUUCAGUCUGUAAGGACUGUUUACUGUUAUUGGGAAGGUUCCUCUGCUCAGAGGUUACUGCCUCAUGAUACACCUAAUAUCUGGAUAAGUAUUUUACCUAUUGACUAAACACAUGUUAACUUUUUUUUAAAGUUGAUUCUGUAAAGUCACAUUUGCUUACCCAGCAUGCCUUUACAAAUAUAUGUGAGGGAUACCCACCCAUGAGUAUAUUUGUUAUUGACAGAGACAUGGUGUUGCACUCAAGGAAUGCCAACCUUGAGGGUUCCACCUAGUGGGUUAUAAAGUAUUUCAUACUGUUCACAUAAUGCACGAGACUCACAGGAAGCAUGCUCGUUGGGUUCUACCAGGACUGGUUCUAGACGUAGAUGUCCAACCACUUGGGAAAACCCCAAACAAUAUAGGAGAGGGGGCUAAAGCCUGCAGCCGGGUUCUGAAUAUUAUCAUUUGGGUUCCAGCUGAGAGAGUAGGCAACUAUUAUAAUAUGUCAUCACGCACAACACACUCAAAACAACUGAAUGAACAGAGAAUUGUUUAAUUGACAAGACCAGGUAAACUAGAUGAACUAAAACAAGCAGCUCUGUAAUGAGUGCAAUACAUCCAACCACUUAAAGGUUGGAUUAGGUUAGGGAAUUAAAGAUUAUUAAUGACUUCUGAUGAUUUUUGAAGGUCUUGUAUAGCUGCCCUUGUCAGCAUCCCCUUAAUGAAAAUAGUUAUGUGCAUAUUUGCUUUUGAAAGUGAAUAUUGAAAAUGUUUGUGCUGUCUGAUUUUGAUUUUAAAUAAACACGUUUUCAGCGGUUUAGCUGG